GGAAUAUAGAAAACUACAUUGUGAACCCAGUGUUCACAUUACAAACACACCAGUAAGGGGGGAGUUUUUUAUUUACUUGUACCGGAAGUCAGUAGCGAUUUGAGUAACCUUCCCCUGUCACGUGCGUGGGAUCAAAGGUUAUAGGUUGCUAACGUCGUUUCUUUCAUAUCCUCUUUAAAGAAUAGCUAAGAAAUAUACAAAAUAAUGGAUCGAUGGCGAGGACGCGUCGCUCUGGUGACCGGAGCAUCGGCAGGCAUUGGAGCAUCAAUUGCAAGAGCUUUGGCAGAACAUGGCAUGAAAGUUGUUGGCUGCUCUCGUAACACUGCGAACAUAGAGAAACUGAGGGAGGAAAUCAACAGCAAAACAGGUGGUGGAUUUGUAACUGCUAUACCUUGUGAUGUAUCCAAAGAAGAAGAAGUUUUGGCAAUGUUUGAGAAAAUCCGAGCAGACCCAAAUCUAGGGCGUGUAGAUGUAUGCAUCAACAAUGCAGGACUGGCACAUGAUGCACCCAUUCUGACAGGUGACACGGGUAUUAAAGAAUGGCGACAUAUGUUUGAAGUAAAUGUUUUUGGUUUGUUGAUGUGCACAAAAGAGUCCUUUAAACUCAUGAGAGAGAAUAACAUUGAUGAUGGGCACAUUAUUUUGAUCAACAGCAUGAGUGGAAUACGGCAAGUUAAAAACAAAGGAGGCCAUUGCUAUGGAGCUACAAAGUUUGCAGUCACUGCUCUCCGAGAAGGAAUUCGUAAUGAACUCAGAGAACUGAAAUCUGGAAUCAGAAUUUCUCAAAUUUGUCCAGGGCUUGUAGAAACAGAAUUUGCUUCACGCCACUAUGACAAAGCACAUGCUGAGAAUGUUUAUUCUGAAAUAAAGUGUCUUCAGCCUGAUGACAUCAAAGAUGCUGUUCUGUAUGUCUUAAGUGCCCCUCGGCAUGUUGAGGUAAAUGAUGUGAUGAUGCGACCAACCCAACAAGUGUUCUAGGACAGCUCUGUUUAGUUGUGAGCACCUGUUGGCUACCUGCUACACAAUGACCACAAGUACUAUCCCAGUUCCUACUGCAAUUAUCAGUUUAACAUUUUUUCCUUCAUGUUGCAUUUAACAAGGAUUGGUGCUUAGCAGAACAUAAUAUUUAUGUGACCCAUGUACUUUGUGCUUGAUUGUACAAUGUACAGCACAUGCCAACGACACUUUAAUGGUGGCUGGCUGGAGCUGUGUGAUUGUGGGGCUUGUAUGCUAAAAGGAUUCAAGUGACAUUUUUUACUUAUUAUUUACAAAAGAUUUGUGAUUUAUUUCACUGUGCUGAAAGUGAAGUGAUUUUUUUUCUUUACAAAUUGGAUAUCUUUUGGUCACAGAUGCUUUGAUAACUGAGCUGUUAUGCUGGUAACAGUUCAUAUGCUUACAUUAACUUCAAACAUUGAAAUUUCUGUCGUGUCAUGUGUGGAGAAAACUGCUAUUUUAAAAAUAAAGGAUUGACCCUUUGGUAGUAUUAAGCUAUCAUUUUUUUGCAUUUUUUGAAACUUUUCCAAAAGAGACAUAUCUUAACGGCAUUCCUGAUUUGAAACUCCUAAAUAUGCAAUGUAAAGGUGAAUGUAUUUUUCUCAGCUGUUUUUGUGAAUACGUUUUGUCACUAGAAAUAUAAAUAAAAAUAUUUGAUUAAAAUUGAAAUAAAGUGUUUGCUAGUCAAGCAAGUUCAAAGAAAAAAUAUUUAGUGUAUAUUUACAUAUUCUAAAUUUUAUGUGUGCAACAAACCAAGUAAACUUAUAUAUGAAAAAGGUAAUCGUUUGAUUAUUGAAGUCUGUGCCAAGUUUUUUUCCCCUUUCGAAACAAAACAUGGUUUUGCAUAUCUAGGGGAAAAAAAUAGAUUGUAUAUAUAAAUAUAUUCACUGAUAUUUAUCUUUAGAAUUAAAUAAAAUCUGAGUAUACAAUUGUGGUAGGAAAGGAUUGAGUCUUUCGCAGUUUUAUCAAAUACACUAUUGAUUUUC